CUUCUCCCGACGCAUGCUGGGAGCCUGGAGGACUAGCGAGGAGGAGUUGAGAGAACGGAGCGGACGCCAUGGCGGCCGACAUCGAGCAGGUUUUUAGGUCUUUCGUGGUCAGUAAAUUCCGAGAAAUACAACAAGAGCUUUCCAGCGGAAGGAGUGAAGGCCAGCUGAAUGGUGAAACAAAUACACCUAUUGAAGGAAACCAGGCAGGUGAUGCUGCUGCCUCUGCCAGGAGCCUACCAAAUGAAGAAAUAGUACAGAAGAUAGAAGAAGUACUUUCUGGGGUCCUAGAUACAGAACUACGAUACAAGCCAGACUUGAAAGAGGCCUCCAGAAAAAGUAGAUGUGUAUCUGUACAAACAGAUCCUACUGAUGAAAUUCCUAGCAAAAAAUCAAAGAAGCAUAAAAAGCACAAAAACAAAAAGAAGAAGAAGAAGAAAGAAAAGGAAAAAAAGUAUAAGAGACAGCCAGAAGAAUCUGAGUCAAAGCUGAAAUCUCAUCAUGAUGGGAAUAUAGAUUUAGAAUCUGAUUCCUUUUUAAAGUUUGAUUCUGAACCUUCAUCAAUGGCACUGGAGCAUCCUAUAAAAGCAUUUGGCCUAUCUGAGACCAGUGAAUCCUCUGCAGUUGUGCUAGAACCUCCCGUAUCAUCAAUGGAAUUAUCAGAGUCACACAUCCUAGAAACUCUGAAGCCAGCUACAAAAACUGCAGAAAUACCAGUUGGAUCUACAUCAGUAAUCUCAGAGCAGUCUAUGGCAGUAAUGUUGGAACCAUCUGUGACAAAGAUUGUGGAUUCCUUUGCAACAGCACCGGUGCCUACAACUGUAGUGCUGAAGUCAUCUGAGCCACUUGCAACAAUGUCUAUGGAGUAUCAGAUGAAGUCUGCGCUGAAAUCUUUGGAGCACACCUCUCCAGAGCCAUCAAAGAUCAUGUUGGCAGAGCCUCCAGUAGCAAAAGAACUACAGCCAUCAGAAACCCGUGUGAUAGCAUCAGAGACAUCUACUGAGGUGCACCCUGAACCAAGCACAUCGACAACAAAGGAUUGUCCAGAGUCAUCUGCAAGUGAAGUGCUAAGAUUGCCAGAGCAUCCUGUACCAUCAGAGAUUGCAGAUCCAUCCAUGACAAGACCUCAGGAUUUGUUGGAGCUGUCUAAGACCUCAGCGUUGGAGCUGCCGGAGUCGUCGGUGGCCUCAGCGCUGGAGUUGCCGGGGCCACCUGCGACCUCCAUGCCGGAGUUGCAGGGGCCCCCUGUGACUCCAGUGCUGGAGUUACCUGGGCCCUCUGCUACCCCAGUGUCAGAGUUGUCAGGGCCCCUUUCUACCCCAGUGCCUGAGUUGCCAGGGCCCCCUGCGACAGCAGUGCCUGAGUUGCCAGGGCCCUCUGUGACACCAGUGCCACAGUUGUCGCAGGAAUUGCCAGGGCCUCUAGCACCAUCCAUGGGGUUAGAGCCACCACAGGAGGUACCAGAGCCACCUGUGAUGGCGCAGGAGUUGCCAGGGCUGUCGACAGUGUCAGCGACAGUAGAGUUGCCUGGGCAGCCUGCGGUAACAGUAGCAAUGGAGUUGACCGAACAACCUGUGACGACGGCAGAGUUCGAGCAGCCUGUGGGGAUGACAGCGGUGGAACAUCCUGGGCAUCCUGAGGUGACAGCCGCAACAGGGUUGCUGGGGCAGCCUGAGGCAGCGAUGGUGCUGGAGUUGCCAGGACAGCCGGUGGCAACAACAGCACUGGAGUUGUCUGGGCAGCCUUCAGUGACUGGGGUGCCAGAGUUGCCUGGGCUGCCUUCGGCAACUAGGGCACUGGAGUUGUCAGGGCAGUCUGUGGCAACUGGGGCACUAGAAUUGCCCGGGCAGCUCAUGGCAACUGGGGCACUGGAGUUCUCGGGGCAGUCUGGGGCAGCUGGAGCACUGGAGCUUUUGGGGCAGCCUCUGGCAACAGGGGUGCUGGAGUUGCCUGGGCAGCCUGGGGCGCCAGAGUUGCCUGGGCAGCCUGUGGCAACCGUGGCGCUGGAGAUCUCUGUUCAGUCUGUGGUGACAACAUCGGAGCUGUCCACGAUGACCGUGUCGCAGUCCCUGGAGGUGCCCUCGACGACAGCGCUGGAAUCCUAUAAUACGGUAGCACAGGAGCUGCCUACUACAUUAGUUGGGGAGACUUCUGUAACAGUAGGCGUGGAUCCCUUGAUGGCCCAAGAAUCCCAUAUGUUAGCUUCUAACACCAUGGAGACCCAUAUGUUAGCAUCUAACACCAUGGACUCCCAGAUGCUAGCAUCCAACACCAUGGACUCCCAGAUGCUAGCGUCCAACACCAUGGACUCCCAGAUGCUAGCCUCUAGCACCAUGGACUCCCAGAUGUUAGCCUCUAGCACUAUGGAUUCCCAGAUGUUAGCAACCAGUUCCAUGGACUCUCAGAUGUUAGCAACCAGCUCCAUGGACUCCCAGAUGUUAGCAACCAGCUCCAUGGACUCCCAGAUGUUAGCAACCAGCUCCAUGGACUCCCAGAUGUUAGCAACCAGCUCCAUGGACUCCCAGAUGUUAGCAACCAGCUCCAUGGACUCCCAGAUGUUAGCAUCCGGCACUAUGGAUUCUCAAAUGUUAGCUUCUGGCACCAUGGAUGCUCAGAUGUUAGCGUCUGGUACCAUGGAUGCUCAGAUGUUAGCAUCUAGUACCCAGGAUUCUGGUAUGUUGGAUUCUAAAUCUCCUGACCCCUAUAGGUUAGCUCAGGAUCCUUAUAGGUUAGCUCAGGAUGCCUAUAGGUUAGGUCAUGACCCCUACAGGUUAGGUCAUGAUGCUUACAGGUUAGGACAGGACCCUUACAGAUUAGGCCAUGAUCCCUACAGACUAACUCCUGAUCCCUAUAGGAUGUCACCUAGACCUUAUAGGAUAGCACCCAGGUCCUAUAGGAUAGCACCUAGGCCAUAUAGGUUAGCACCUAGACCCCUGAUGUUAGCAUCUAGACGUUCUAUGAUGAUGUCCUAUGCUGCAGAACGUUCUAUGAUGUCAUCUUAUGAACGCUCUAUGAUGUCUUACGAGAGGUCUAUGAUGUCCCCUAUGGCUGAGCGCUCUAUGAUGUCAGCCUAUGAACGCUCUAUGAUGUCAGCCUAUGAACGCUCUAUGAUGUCUCCUAUGGCUGAGCGCUCUAUGAUGUCAGCUUAUGAACGCUCUAUGAUGUCAGCUUAUGAGCGUUCCAUGAUGUCCCCAAUGGCUGAUCGAUCUAUGAUGUCUAUGGGUGCUGACCGGUCUAUGAUGUCGUCAUACUCUGCUGCUGACCGGUCUAUGAUGUCAUCGUACUCUGCAGCUGACCGGUCUAUGAUGUCAUCUUAUACUGCUGAUCGUUCAAUGAUGUCUAUGGCAGCUGAUUCUUACACUGAUUCUUACACUGACACAUACACAGAGGCAUAUAUGGUGCCACCUUUGCCUCCUGAAGAGCCCCCAACAAUGCCACCAUUGCCACCUGAGGAGCCACCAAUGACUCCACCACUGCCUCCAGAAGAACCGCCGGAGGGUUCAGCAUUACCAACGGAGCAGUCGGCCUUGACAGCUGAAAAUACUUGGUCUGCAGAAAUGCCAGCAUUACCUCCUGAAGAGAGUGUAUCACAUCCUGAGCCUCCUGUGAGUCAAAGUGAGAUUUUAGAGCCUUCAGCAGUGCCUGAUUAUUCAGUGUCAGGAUCAGAGCCCUCAGUAUUAGUGUCAGAGGCUGUUGUGACUAUGCCAGAACCACCACUAGAGCUAGAAACUUCAGUUACAUCAACACCUGUUGAGUCUGCUAUAGUAGCAGAACAUGAAAUUGUUCCAGAGAGACCAGUUACUUGUAUGGUAUCUGAAACUCCCAUAUUGGCUGAAGCAUCUGUGUUAACCUCAGAGUCUCCAGUUGUGACAGAGACAAUGGAAACGUUGGAGUCUAUGAAAUUUGAAGGACAUGUUGCCUCAGAGGCAUCUGUGCCCCUGGUGGAGCCAGCAGUAACUAUUCCAGAGCCAGCAGAGAACAUUCAGGAAAUGCCGGCUAUGGCAGUUUCAGAGUCUGCUGUCAUGGCUGUCUCAGAGUCGAUUGUUGUUGCUGUCCCAGCUCCAGAGUUGCCUGCUGUGGCUGUCCCACAGGCGCCUGCUAUGGCUUUCCCAGAGUCACCUGCUGUGGCUGCCCCAGAACCACCUGCCACUGGAAAGCCAGAACCACCAGCUGUGGCUGUUGUGGAGCCUCCGAGUGUGGCUGAGCCGGAGCUUGUUAGUGUUCCUGUGUCAGCUGUUUCUUCCCUUGAGCCUACUGUGCCUGUCUUAGAACCAGCAGUGUCAGUCCUUCAGCCUGCGAUGAUUGUUUCAGAACCAUGUGUUUCUGUCCAGCAGUAUACUGUGACAGUUUCAGAGCCUGCUGUCACUGUCUCAGAGCAGACCCAAGUAAUAUCAACUGAGGUAGCAGUAGAAUCUACACCAGUGAUAGCAGAAUCUAGUCUUAUGUCAUCACAUGUUAUGAAAGGGAUGAAUUCAUUAUCUGAUGAUCAGAGUCUUGCUCCGGAGAUUGGCAUGCAGGAGAAUCCAUUGCAUUCAGGUGAAGAGCCACAUGCUGAAGGGCACCUGAAAAGUGACUCUCACGAAAGUGAACAUGGUAUAAAUGUAGACCUUACUAUAAAUAAUCAUUUAAUUGCUAAAGCUAUGGAAAGUACUACAGUAGCUACUGCUAGCACUGAUACUGUUAGUGGAAUUGAAGAGAAAGUUUUGCCCAUCAGUGAAACUAAGCAAUGCGUAGUGCUGGAUGCCUGCCCUGGUGUUAGUGAAACUGAUGGAGAAGGAACUCUGUCUUCUGCUGGUCCUCUUGCUCUGGAAUCUGAUACAGCAGGAGCUAGUAAAGGCAUUGAGUUUGUCACGACACCUGCUUUCACUGCUGUUAAUAACUAUGAUGACAUUUCUUUAACUGCUCAAGAUACUGAACAUGACAUGGUAAUUUCCACCAGCCCCAGUGGUGUUAGUGAAGCAGACAUAGAGGGGCCUUUGCCUGCUAAAGACAUUCAUCUUGAUUUACCAUCUAAUAAUCUUGUUAGUAAGGAUACAGAAGAACCUUUAUUUGUAAAAGAGAGUGACCAGACAUUACCAGUUGCUCUCGGCCCUAAAGAAAGUGGAGAAGAAGUACCUCUCUCUGCCAAAGAGGUAGUGUCUGAUUCAGGAUUUUGUGCUAACAUUGAUGAAAUUAAUGAAGCGGACUUAGUGAGACCGUUACUUCCUAAGGACAUGGAACGUCUUACAAGCCUUAGGGCUGGUAUUGAAGGACCUUUACUUCCAAGUGAAGUUGAACGUGACAAAUCAGCUGCCAGUCCAGUUGUAAUUAGUAUACCAGAAAGAGCUUCCGAGUCGUCUUCAGAGGAAAAAGAUGAUUAUGAAAUUUUUGUAAAAGUUAAGGACACACAUGAAAAAAGCAAGAAAAAUAAAAACCGUGACAAAGGUGAGAAAGAAAAGAAAAGAGACUCAUCCUUAAGAUCUCGGAGUAAGCGUUCCAAGUCCUCUGAACACAAGUCCCGCAAGCGGACCAGUGAGUCUCGUUCCAGGGCGAGGAAGAGAUCAUCUAAGUCCAAGUCUCAUCGAUCUCAGACACGUUCACGGUCACGUUCAAGGCGAAGGAGGAGGAGCAGCAGGUCAAGAUCAAAGUCUAGAGGAAGGCGAUCUGUAUCAAAAGAGAAGCGCAAAAGAUCUCCAAAGCACAGAUCCAAGUCCCGGGAAAGAAAAAGAAAAAGAUCAAGCUCUAGGGAUAACCGAAAGACAGGAAGAGCCCGAAGUCGAACCCCAAGUCGUCGGAGUAGGAGUCACACUCCGAGCCGAAGGAGGAGGUCUAGAUCUGUGGGAAGAAGAAGGAGUUUUAGCAUUUCCCCCAGCCGCCGGAGCCGCACCCCUAGUCGCCGGAGCCGCACCCCCAGCCGAAGGAGCCGUACCCCCAGUCGAAGGAGUCGCACCCCUAGCCGAAGGAGCCGCACCCCCAGCCGAAGGAGCCGCACCCCUAGCCGUCGGAGGAGAUCAAGGUCUGUGGUAAGAAGACGAAGCUUCAGUAUAUCACCAGUCAGAUUAAGGCGAUCAAGAACACCCUUAAGAAGAAGAUUUAGUAGAUCUCCCAUCCGACGUAAAAGAUCCAGGUCUUCUGAAAGAGAACGUCUGACAGAUUUGGAUAAGGCACAGUUACUUGAAAUAGCCAAAGCUAAUGCAGCUGCCAUGUGUGCUAAGGCUGGUGUUCCCUUACCGCCAAACCUAAAGCCUGCACCUCCACCUACAAUAGAAGAGAAAGUUGCUAAAAAGUCAGGAGGAGCUACUAUAGAAGAACUAACUGAGAAAUGCAAACAGAUUGCACAGAGUAAAGAAGAUGAUGAUGUAAUAGUGAAUAAACCUCAUGUUUCGGAUGAAGAGGAAGAAGAACCUCCUUUUUAUCAUCAUCCCUUUAAACUCAGUGAACCCAAGCCCAUUUUUUUCAAUCUAAAUAUUGCUGCAGCAAAACCAACUCCACCAAAAAGCCAGGUAACACUGACAAAGGAAUUUCCUGUGUCAUCUGGAUCUCAGCAUCGAAAAAAAGAAGCAGACAGUGUUUAUGGAGAGUGGGUUCCUGUAGAGAAAAAUGGUGAAGAAAACAAAGAUGACGAUAAUGUUUUCAGCAGCAAUUUGCCCUCGGAGCCUGUGGACAUCUCUACUGCAAUGAGUGAACGUGCACUUGCUCAGAAAAGACUCAGUGAGAAUGCAUUUGAUCUUGAAGCCAUGAGCAUGUUAAACCGUGCUCAAGAACGGAUUGAUGCCUGGGCUCAGCUGAACUCCAUUCCUGGGCAGUUCACAGGAAGUACAGGAGUACAGGUUCUGACACAAGAACAGCUGGCCAAUACUGGCGCUCAAGCCUGGAUUAAAAAGGAUCAGUUCUUAAGAGCAGCCCCAGUAACUGGAGGAAUGGGAGCCGUUUUGAUGAGAAAAAUGGGCUGGAGAGAAGGAGAAGGAUUAGGAAAAAACAAAGAAGGAAAUAAAGAACCUAUCCUAGUUGAUUUUAAGACAGACCGAAAAGGUCUUGUUGCUGUAGGAGAAAGAGCACAAAAGAGGUCUGGGAACUUCUCUGCUGCAAUGAAAGAUCUAUCAGGCAAACAUCCUGUGUCUGCCUUGAUGGAAAUCUGUAAUAAGAGAAGGUGGCAACCACCUGAAUUUCUCUUGGUCCAUGAUAGUGGCCCUGAUCAUCGCAAACAUUUUCUCUUUAGGGUAUUGAGAAAUGGAAGCCCUUACCAGCCCAAUUGUAUGUUUUUCUUGAAUAGGUAUUGAUAAAUGGAAGCGCUUACCAGCCCAGCUUUGCCAGCCCUAAUAAGAAGCAUGCUAAAGCCACAGCAGCUACUGUGGUUCUUCAAGCAAUGGGCCUUGUACCAAAGGACCUCAUGGCUAAUGCCACUUGCUUCAGGAGUGCCUCACGUAGAUAGAUUGAGGUUUUAUAUUAAUCAUUUCAGAUAAUUUUACUCUGCAUCACAAUGUAUUUCCUCUUUAAUGUUGUAAAUAUUUGGCAAUUUAAGACAUUGUGUAAAAAGCAAUCUGUACAAACAUCUCCAGGCUUUGAUUUUUGUACCAUGGAAAUUGUAUUUAACCAUACAGGGUUUUGGUAUGUUUAUAUUGUUUACCUUAGUGAUGUAUUUGUUUAAGUGGCUAACAUCCAAACAAUUGUUUGAAGGCAUCAGUAAUCUUCAGUGUGGAAUGUUAAAUAACGCUUUUAUACUGUAUUUUGUACUAUGAUGUAACUCCCCUUCCUUAUGGCUAGGCUGCUGUAACACUUGCCUGUAAUCAGUGAAGGGCUGUGCACCUUGUACUAUUUCAAAAUGGGUUCUGCUGGACAGAUACUGGGCCAGUGUUAUUGAGGUAAUCAAGCAAGAUCUGUUCCACAGGGCUAAUGCCACCAUCCUCCCUUAAAAUUUUGUAGAAGUUAUAAAAAGAAAGUGGUAUGUUGUGUGAUGAUCAGCACUAAGUCCUGCAUUCCCAUUAAAGCCACUUGGGUCAUAAGAAGGGAGUCAAAAUGAAGUCUGACUAGAAAUCUACUGCAGAGGCCAAGUACAUUUAGUAUGGCUUGAGUUGUGAUAUAGUUUUACUUUGAUGUGCAUUUUGAAUUUCAGCUACACCUAGGUAGACGUAAAAUGAUAAUUAAAAAAAUGCUGUAACCAACUUAUCUAAUAAAAUUGGCAACCAGCCACUAUUUUGUUGACUAUGA